GGUGGACAUAAAAUCUGUCGUGUGCCUCUGGCGCAGGGCGAUGGGUCCUCGGCUCGCUAAUCGCAUCUCGGCCUAGAACAAGGGACUGCACCAAGCUUGGUCGUCAUCCGCACCUUUUACCAGGCAUCCUCGAGCGGCGUGCAUCACUGUGCCGCCGCGGCCUUGGAUCUUCGUAUCUGCCCGAUUAUAAAAGCGCUCUUGCUCUGCCUUCCUGCCGAACGCCCCUCCGCUGCUCCCCUGAAUAAGAAGGGACCAUCGCUCCUGCUCGCGUGCAACCCUUACCGCCCUGACAUCACUCCUCGCUCGUCCACCUCCACCUCCGCGUCUACUGCACCCCACACUCGCCUGCCACGAUGCACGAUCCGUUCCCUAUUGCGCCGCCGGAGAGCCUGGUCAAAUAUGUACAGCCCGUCGCGGACUUCCUCAACAUGAAGACGCUGCCGCUGCACUUCCACGAAGUCGCGGCAGCCUUCACGCUCUAUCAGAUUAUCUUCAGCUAUGUCGCCCCCGCCAUCUCGCGCUUCUUCUUCCCGCGGAUAUACGCGGGCUUCACAGCGCGAACCAAGCUCAACUGGGAUGUGCAUAUUGUGUCAUUUGUGCAGAGCACGCUGGUCUGCGGUAUGGCGCUAUGGGUCAUGUGGACGGAUAAGGAGCUGAAUCAGAUGGACUCGACGGAGCGCGUGCAUGGAUACACUGGAGCGUCUGGCUUGAUUCAGGCCAUGGCAGGAGGCUACUUCCUGUGGGACUUGGUCAUUACUGUGCAGAAUGUCAAGGCAUUCGGUAUCGGCAUGCUGUUCCAUGCUAUCUGUGCCCUCUGCGUAUUCUCGCUGGGUUUCCGUCCCUUCGUGAACUACUACGCAUGCACCUUCAUCCUCUACGAACUCUCCUCACCCUUCCUAAACAUCCACUGGUUUUGCGAUAAGCUGAACAUGACCGGCACCACCAUCCAGCUCGUCAACGGCAUAAUUCUGCUAUGCACCUUCUUCUCCUGCCGCAUCGUGUGGGGAUCCUACAACUCCAUCCGCGUCUUCACCGACGUCUACCACGCCUACGCCGCCGGCGCAUACACGCACUCAGACCCAGACGUCGGAAAGCUAUCGCAAAACACCACUCUCCACAACGCCGGCUUCAAACACGACGUCCUCCGAUUCGCCGAAGGCCAGACUGUCCCUCUCUGGCUCAUAAGCGCCUACCUCGCCUCCAACAUCAUCCUCAACGGCCUGAACUGGUUCUGGUUCGGCAAGAUGAUCGAAACGCUACGGAAACGCUUCGACCCUCCCUUUGGCACAAAAACACAAAGCCCCGAGAUUAGGGAAACUACGCUGGAGAUACCGGAUGACGAGAAGGUGCUGGUCGAGGGCAUACACGUCUCUACUCCCGGUGCGGUUGAGCGUGAUGCGAAGGAUUAUAUCGAAGUGACUGAUCGGGCGGCAAUUUCGCUAGAGAAGAGCCAAAAGGGCACGCAUUUGGAGAUUGGGCAGACUGAAGUGCGGAGUCGGAAUGCGGGACAGAGAGGGGGUUUGAGGGCUGCGCAGGCGGCAUAGGGGGUUGGCGGUGAGAUUGGUUGACUUGGUGUGGGUGACAUGUACAGCAUCAUCUUCCAAAUUUACAUACCACGGGGUUGUUCCAUAACCCAGAAUUCAGGAGCUAUUGACAUACCUUUCCCCUACAUCACACAUACCCACGUCGUCACUUACGUCCCCAAGUCCGU